AUGAGCUUCGAUACCCAACAACCACAUGUACGCAAUUCAUCGGCAACGUCAACGCCACCGUUGACAGAAGAGCUCAGUCGUACUGCAUUAGAAUUUCAAAAUCAAGAACAAGAAGAUGAAAAUAUUUUAAGCUUGACGAUCAAACUGACAUCGUCUGUUAGAGAAUUCAACAAUGGUGGCCAGGAUUUUGAGGAAGAAGACGAACCCAGAACUCCGACGUCUUCAGAUCAGAAAAUUCCGGUAACCACCACCUGUCCACCGGCACCCAGAAAACCCAAAACGGUUCCUAGAGGUAAUAAGAGAAAGACGCGGAGUUUCCAGAGAAUUUCGGUCGAUUUGAGAGUGGUUAUGAAUGCGAUGUUUGCUCCGGUCACCUUACCUGAUUUUAUGGCGGGAGAUCUUGGCACCGGCGAUCAUUCCAAGAAAGUCAAGAAAGCGAAUGUCGCCACCGGCUCAUGA